AUGUGCCUGCAGACCGCCGACACUGUCGAGGAGGCUGCAGAAGAGGAGGACCAUGCGGCGGAUGAAUUCACGCAUCUGCAGACGCAUCGGUGCACGGGCAAGGCACUCUCCAUGGCCUGGAACGGCCCCCAGAGUGCCGUGCUGCUGGGUUUGACCAACAAUGUUCUGGAAACCCUGCGAAUAUCCCCAGCUGAAGGGGACGAGGACGCCCCUGCGCUGCAGCUGGAGUCGUCCCUGUCACUGGAGCUUUGCGGCCACCGCACCGGCGUGCGUGCGCUGGCUGUCGCCCAGGACGACUCCAUGUUCCUCUCUCUGAGCAACGAGGCGGUGAAGGUCUGGAGUGCCUCCACGGCUCGCUGUGUGCGAACCAUCGCGUCAGGUUACGGCCUUUGCGGCUUCUUCUUGGCCGGGAACGAGCACGUGCUCAUUGGCACGAAGGAGGGCCAGCUGGAACUCUACAACAUUCAGCUGGGCGAGCAGGCACAGACGAUGGACGCACACAGCGGCGCUGUCUACGGCUUGGCCCUGCGCCCAGACAACCAGGGCUGUGUUAGCUGCUCUGCCGACAAGUCGCUGCGCUUCUUCGACAUCAAAUUCGUCAAGGGAGCAGAGACUUCCGUGAGCCUCGUAGAGCAACCAGAUCGUGCCACAGAGCUGCCGGACGAGCUCUUAGCCGUUUGUUUCUCUGCCAAUGGACACCCGGCUGAGCAUGGACCAAAGAUCUAG